CCCGUUUACUGGCAUGGACCUUUCCUUCGUACCACAUCCACCUUUCCUCACUCGUCUUCCCCUUCUUCAUGUCGCUCACACAGACUCCCCGUGCUAUCCGUAGCACUGUACUGGGGAAGCGAUCUCACCAGAGAGACGGUCCUUUAUCCUCCUGUGAACAACUUCAGACACCGGACACACCCACUCAUAAGAGAAUUCGAAUCUCUUCUACGGUUGUCGACGGAGAUGCCAAUAAGGAGAAUGUUCCGCCUUUCAAUAUUUCGCCCAUUAGCCCUGAAAUGUCUGCGCUUAGUCCUAGGAUGGCCAGAAGCCUCCGUAGGAGUGCUACUGAGAGCAUGGUUACUCCUACGCGCCCCAGAAUUUCUUCCGGGCGACGCUCUUCCUUCACUAGGGAUCUUUCACCCGCCACACCUGCCACAGCAAUCUCAGAACUCUCUCUAUUCACUCCUCCUUCUACUCCUCCAGUCCUACUACCCAUACACACACGCGUUAGAGCCCUUCUUAGACCUACAUGCAACAAUGUCUAUGAUCUACCUGGUAGAGAGUCUGAAAGAUCUACCAUUACCGAGUUUAUCACAAGUUUCCUGAAUGACUGCAGCCAAUAUUCCACCCUCUUCGUCUCUGGUGCUCCCGGUACCGGGAAGACCGCUCUUCUCAACAGCAUCAUUCACUCUAUUGAAAGCGAGACUUGUGGCUUUCGAGUCGUCCUCUUGAACUGCAUGGCUCUCAGUGGGAUGGAUGCACUGUGGGACAGGCUUUCAGAGGAAUUUCGUGGUUCAAAGGGACGUUCGAAGAGGCUGAAAGGUAGAGAAGGGGUCGAGAGUGUACUAAAAGUGCUCAAAACCAAAUGCAUCCUAGUAUUGGAUGAAGUCGAUCAUAUAGCAUCGACAUCGCAAUCGCUAUCUCAACUAUUCUCUUUAGCGGCGUCUUAUAAUCCAGUUUUACGAGUCAUCGGCAUUGCUAACACCCACACUCUUACGUCGUCUACUAUCACUACGCCCGAUGUGCAAACGAUUCAUUUCACUCCAUACACCUCCGCACAACUUCAAGAAAUUCUCCGGUCUCGCCUCUCCACAUUACACGCCCCGGCAGCGACAGCUGAAGUAGCCGAGACAUUUAAAAAAUUCCUUCCCAGUCCUACUAUUACUCUCUUAGCCAAGAAGGUCGCUGCGAUGACGGGUGAUGUCAGAGCGCUUCUCGAGGUCCUUCGGGGUGCAAUCGAUAUAGCGGUGAAAUCUAAGGGAAACGAUGUUCUUCCUUCGUCUUCCUAUACCGUCACACCCUCCCAAAUCUUGAGUGCGCUCAAAGCAUAUAAUCCAUCCUCUACGCCGAAUACCACUUCCUCUCCCUCCUCUUCAUCAUCGUUACCUUCUAAUUCUAACAGUGAAAUCGUAACGAAAACAAAAGGACUGAGUCUACAGGCUCGCUUAGCUCUCCUUUCACUACUCCUCGCGUCGAAACGGGUGGAGGCCGGACUUCCCAUCCUAUCUCCAAACGCUCCCUCUCCUUGCAAACGUUCCGCCUCUUCACCUGGGAACACCAGCAAAGACCUGACCUUUAACAUCGCCCAACUUCAUUCAUACUACUCCCUCAUUUUAAGUCGCGGCGAAAGUAGUAUCUGCCCGGCAGUUUCUCGCCCCGAGUUUGCAGAUCUAAUAGGAAUGCUUGAAGGAGUAGGCCUGUUCUCGGUUGGACCUGCAGUCACGGCUUCACCGACCAAAUCCGGAAAGCGUGGACUUGCAAGAACUGCGUCGUUUCCAGGCAAUGCCAGUAAGACAACGCGGUCUGGCGAGGUUAAGCUAAACCGUGCGGUCUGGACAGAUGAAAUACUGAAGGGCUUGGGCGUCGGUGCUGCUUCCCAGGAUAUCAAGGAGGAGGAGAUUAAUGCUCUCUGGGUGCAGGAGUCGGCGAAAUUGACGAAAGACAUUAGGGUCGUCGAGUCCAAAGCUAGAAGAGAGGUGUCCGGUGUUGGUUUCUCAGAUGCUGUCGAAGAUUAGAAGGAGACUAAGGAUCUCCUUUUGAGUUUUUUCCCCCCUCUUAUUUGCUCAGUCAUCACUUGCUCAUGUAUCGUUUCCUGUCAUCCAUUUCGCUUUGUUCCUAUUUCAUGGAUUCCCUGCUUGCAUACAUGUAUUAUAUAGUUUGUUCUUAUGACCACUUAGUUGUAGAUGUAAGGGUACAAAUACCGUUAGCUUUGUCAAGACCACUUUCAUUUCGAAG